AUGAAUAUCUUCAGUUUCAUUUCCUUUGUGGCUUUUCUAAGUAAUCUAUUACCCGCAUUUGCUGAACAAAAUUAUAAGUGUGACAAAUUGGUUCUUGAUGGGAGGCACAUACAAAACAGUCUUGACUAUGCACAUGGGUAUCAAAUGGCCAACAAGAAUGAAUACGAUGAAUACCAUGAUGAUGAACUAUUUGCUAUUGGGACUUACAAGGCUCGCUACAUAACCAAAAAAGUAAAUAUCCCUUUCGACAUCACGGUAGGAGUCACAAUUCAUAAGGUUAUUCUUUGGGUAAAGGCUACAGGUGGUGGCCGAAAUAUUGAAUGUAAGCGAACAAAUUCGCCGGCUGAUCAGUACACAGAGGUCUUUCCAUCUGGUUAG